GACCUUUGUAUCCAAACAACUCGUUAUCUUCUCAUUGCUCGGGAGUUAUCUGUUAUUUUGAUGAAAUUAAAGAAAGCUUGGUCCGGGUGGUUGACUGAAGCUUGAAUUUCUCUAUUGUUCAUUUGGCUUCAACUUCUGCCCUUAAUCCACUCUUCUCAGUAUCAAUGCAGUCCGCUGAGUCAGUGUAUUUCUAGUGCGACCAGCUAUGCAUUUCAACGCUACCUUAACAGUAAUCCAUGCCUUGGACGACAGGAAAGAGAAAAGACUUUAUUUGAGGUAUUCUAAAGAAGACAAGAAGAAGAAAACUAAAGUGAAAGAGGAAAUCCAUGAAAGAUAUAAUGAGAAAAAUCCAGUUAAACAAGUCAAACCAGAAAAAGAUGGACAUAGGUCUAAGAAAGAACACUCUUUUUACCAGAUAUUUCGGCUUGGGUUGUUCGUUGGGAUGUGCAUCGUCUUAUUUACAGUUAUGAUUGUAGCAGCUAUCACGUCAGAGCGAGACAUCCAGUGGGAGCCAGCAUUUCGAAUGUACCGGGGCUUAUUUAUGUUUAUUCUGUCGUUCUUCCUCUUUGGUAUGAACAUCUGUGGAUGGAAAGCUGCAGGGAUUAACCAUGCUAAGAUUAUUGAACUCGACCAUGGACACCUUAGUGCUAUACAAAUUUUAGAGAAAGCCACAUUCUUUGCAGUUGUCUGGGGUAUUAGUGUAGUGUUAUUUAUCUUCUCUCAUCAAUUCGGCGUAUCAAGAUAUUUCCAUCCUUUGGCAUUGACGUGUUUUCUGAUUAUUUUCUUCGCGAAUACCCUGAAAGUCUCUCAUCGCAGCGCAAGGUUUUGGUUGAUACGAACACUGUGGCGCGUGCUGACAACACCAUUYCAUCCGGUUGGUUUUGCGGAUUUCUGGUUGGCAGAUCAGUUAAAUAGUUUGGUUGUAGCAAUUCUUGACAUGGAAUACAUCGCGUGUUACUACGCCUUGGAUUUCUAUUCUGUUCAAGAUAGAGCACGGUGCGGCAGUAAGUUGUACGGUAUUCGACCUCUUGUAGCCUGCUUACCGGCCUGGUGGCGGUUUUCACAGAGUUUACGGCGAUACAACGAUACCAAACAAAAGUUUCCACACUUAGCAAACGCUGGCAAAUAUUCAACUACGUUUUUUGUUGUGUUUUUCUCCACGAUUGUCACCACUCGAAAAGAGGAGACUGGAUCAACACAAUUAGACUUUUAUUUCUUCGGCUGGGUGGUGUCUGCAUUUGUUAGCACUUGUUAUACGUUUACUUGGGACAUUAAGAUGGACUGGGGAUUACUUCAAAGGGAAGACAAUUUACUUCGGACCAGACGAAUGUUUAAACAUAAGAGUUUCUACUAUUUUGGUAUGGUCAGCGAUCUCGUGCUUAGGUUUUCAUGGAUUCUAACCCUAUCAGUUGGUGAGGCAGGAUUGUUUAAUUCAGAGGUCUUAGUGGGGUUUUUAGCUGUCGUUGAAUUGUUUAGGAGGUUUAUUUGGAACUUCUUUCGUGUCGAAAAUGAACACAUUCAUCGGACAAAAUGCGUUGUUAUUGACCAUAACAUUGAAGAAUUACAAGAAUAUGAAGAAGAAGAAGAAGAAACCGGGUCUCAAAAUUGAAAUAGCUAUGACUUUCAUGAAAACAGAAUUAUUAGUGAAUUGCAGAAAAGAACAAAAAGGAAGGAGGAGAAAAAGAUGGAAAAAUUGUUAAUAAAAUAUUUAAUUAAUUUGUCAUCAUGAUUAGCGUGCUUGCAUCGAGUUUUGGUUGCACGCGGCAGAUUGUUUAGCCCCGGCUAAACGACGAAACAUGUUUUCUUAGAUGUCAGGAAUAAUCGCAAUUUCGUACACAGACCCUGCGUUUCUUCUGGCCUGCGGCGAAGAACAAGGGUUCUGGCAUAAUCCAUUUUUUAAGACCAGGAUUUCUUGGACUUGCGGUAUAAUAGUUCAUGUUCUAAAAGACUUGCCAAAAAUUAAAAAGUAUGUUCCUGAUUUCUAAUUUUUAUUUUGAUCGAAAAUAAACACAGAACUGUGUUUGAAAGCAUAAUUUUCAUUGAUAAUAUUUCACUUCCGGAAAACUGCGCAUGCGCCAAAAAAUGGAGUCCUCGUUCUUCGCCGCAGGCCAGAAGAUACGCAGGCUCUGGGUACGAGAUUGGAAUAAUCGGGAAACCUGUUUAUUCAAAACCGGUUUGCGCAUGCGCAUGUCCAAAUGUUUUGAAAAGAUCGAGCGAGCGUUGCUACGUAACGAACUUUUAGAAUAUCGACUUGCGUGGCUAAACAAAGAAACAUCGGGAAACAUUGUUUCCAUGCGUCUCGGAAGCAUGGAAUGUUUCUGCCGCACAGCAGAAACAUUCUUAUAGCGCGUCUUAAAAACAAAACUUGUUGUUUUUGUACGCAGCAAUGUUUUGCAUGUGGCUAAACUUGGAAACAUCAGGGGCACGUAGGCGGUAAACCUGUUUCUUGAAACACGUUUUCUCUUUUAGCCAGGGCCCGAGCGGAGUCGUACGAGGCGUAGCCGGGUGCGAAUCCUGUCUUCCUAAGUGAUCAAGCAUCCAACGAAGUCACUUGUAAUAAAAUCAUUAAAACAAAAAAUAAAUGAAUAAAUAAAUGCAAAAGUAGCCUCGAA